CCAUGCAGAUAUUCCAGAGAGUGAAUGCUUCACUUCUGCCUCAGAAUAUUCUAGAUCUCCAUGGACUGCAUGUGGAUGAGGCCAUUCAUCAUCUUGGUCAGGUUCUCAGAGGCAAGAAUUUAGAAUUCAGCCAGGGUUUGUGUCAGCCUCAGAUGUCAAUCAUUACAGGAAGAGGCAAUCGCAGCCAAGGGGGAGCGCGCAUCAGGCCUGCUGUACUAGACUACCUCAAAAAUCAUCACUACAGUUUUUCUGAACCUAAGACUGGAUUGGUGUUGGUCACACUUCAUAAAGAGCUGCUACAAUGAAGCAUUUAAUUAAGAUUUUUCUCUUCCCACUGCCUUAAUCCAAAGUGUCUUCUCUGUAGACUAAUAGUGCCAGUAAUUAUAGAACAGUAUUUUCAUGUUUUUCUGUAAUUGGGCACAAAUUUAUCCAAGUCAUAAAAAAAUGAAGGUACUACAUAUUUACAGUGUUUUAUAUGGCAUUGACCUGUACAUACAUAUUAUUCUUUAUUGAAUGUUUUUUGAUGCUUCCUUAUGAGGCCAUUAAGGUAUCCUACUGAUCCUACUUCCUAACUGUAAUCACUACAAUUUUUACGUAAUUCUGUUUUUCU